GCUUGGAGCCCUGCUCGCCGCCGCCGCGGCCGCCGCCGCCGCCCGGGCCUACGCCCGCCUCGCCGAGGCCCAGGCGGCCGCACGGCAGGAGUCAGCACUGAAGGCCCUGGGGACAGAAGGCCUCUUUCUCUUUUCCUCCUUGGACACUGACCGGGAUAUGUACAUCAGUCCAGAGGAGUUCAAGCCCAUCGCGGAGAAGCUGACAGGGUCAACUCCUGCGGCCAGCUACGAGGAGGAGGAGCUGCCGCCUGACCCCAGUGAGGAGACGCUCACCAUAGAAGCCCGAUUCCAGCCUCUGCUCCCGGAGUCCAUGACCAAGAGCAAAGAUGGCUUCCUGGGGGUCUCCCGCCUGGCCCUGUCUGGCCUCCGCAACUGGACAACCGCAGCCUCGCCAAGUGCGGUGUUUGCCGCCCGCCACUUCCAGCCCUUCCUUCCGCCUCGGGGCCACGUGGAGCUGGGCGAGCCCUGGUGGAUCAUCCCCAGUGAGCUGAGCGUCUUCACCGGCUAUUUGUCCAACAACCGCUUCUACCCGCCACCGCCCAAGGGCAAGGAGGUCAUCAUCCACCGGCUCCUGAGCAUGUUCCACCCGCGGCCCUUCGUGAAGACCCGCUUUGCCCCUCAGGGGGCUGUGGCCUGCCUGACCGCCAUCAGUGAUUUCUACUACACCGUGAUGUUCCGGAUCCAUGCCGAGUUCCAGCUCAGCGAGCCACCCGAUUUCCCCUUCUGGUUCUCUCCUGGCCAGUUCACCGGCCACAUCAUCCUCUCCAAAGAUGCCACCCACGUCCGUGACUUCCGGCUCUUCGUGCCCAACCACAGGUCUCUGAACGUGGACAUGGAGUGGCUGUACGGGGCCAGUGAGAGCAGCAACAUGGAGGUGGACAUCGGCUACAUACCCCAGAUGGAGCUGGAGGCCCUGGGCCCCUCAGUGCCCUCUGUGAUCCUGGAUGAGGAUGGCAACCUGAUCGACAGCCGCCUGCCCUCGGGGGAGCCCCUCCAGUUUGUGUUUGAGGAGAUCAAGUGGCAGCAGGAGCUGAGCUGGGAGGAGGCUGCCCGGCGCCUGGAGGUGGCCAUGUACCCCUUCAAGAAGGUCACUUACCUGCCGUUCACCGAGGCCUUUGACCAAGCCAAGGCCAAGAACAAGCUGGUGCACUCGAUCCUGCUGUGGGGGGCCCUGGACGACCAGUCCUGCUGAGGUUCAGGGCGGACUCUCCGGGAGACCGUCCUGGAAAGUUCGCCCAUCCUCGCCCUCCUCAAUGAGAGCUUCAUCAGCACAUGGUCCCUGGUGAAGGAGCUAGAGGACCUGCAGAACAACCGGGACAACCCGUCCCACAAGAAGCUGGCUGACCUGCACCUGGAGAAGUACAGCUUCCCCGUGGAGAUGAUGAUCUGCCUGCCCAACGGCACUGUGGUCCACCACAUCAACGCCAACUACUUCUUGGACAUCACCUCCAUGAAGCCCGAGGACAUUGAGAGCAACGUCUUCAGCUUCUCGUCCACCUUUGAAGACCCGUCCACAGCCACCUACAUGCAGUUCCUGAAGGAGGGCCUUCGGCGCGGCCUGCCCCUCCUCCAGCCCUAGUGGGAAGCCAGGCUGGAGUGGGGAGCUGGAAAGAAAGGCCCGCAGCACUGAUGGACAGGCCCCUCUGGCCCGGGGCCAGGGGUUCUCGCACAUUUCAAACUUCAGACAUUCCCUCCUGCCCCCCAGGCUGCCUGUGGAGUCUGAGGUCAACUAAGGGUGGCCAUCCUGGCUUUGCCUCAGUGAUGUGGGGUAGACAAGGGGUCCUUGGGCUGGCCAAGUGGAUGAACCUCUAGCUCUGGCUGCCACCAUCAGCUCUUUACUACCCACCUGGCUCCAGAAGCUUCUUAGGACCCCCAAAACAGGGCCUGGGGUCACUUCCCUAGACCUCAACCACUCAGGCACAUAGUCCAGGCCCUUGUGGGGUGAAGAAUAGGGAGCAGUGGGUGCCAGGAAGACAGGGCCACUCCUCUCUCUUUACUUUCACCUCCCUCCCAAAAGAAACAUCAAGAAGCCCUGGCCUGGGCGGGGAGAGGGCACCAGGCAAGCACUCCGGUUUGUCUGGAGCCUUCUUCCUGGCCAUAGCCCUGGCUGCCCUCCCAUGCCUGAUGUCCCCAGUGGGGUUGGUCUCAGUUGGAAACAUCCUUCUAGAGGCUCUGGACAGAGCCCUCCUUCAGAAGGGGAAAGGCUACUGUGCCCCAGACCACUCAAUCCUGCUAAUCAUAGGACCCCAGAACCUGUGUCGGGACUUGCUGGAGGCCAGCUGUCUGGGAAGGUUUACUGUGAAGCUGGCUUCUGCCCUUAGCAAGGGAGUCCCCUGAGGGGUCCCUGAAGUCCAGGGCCAAGGGCACGCCCCACCUCCCCCAGCACAGGGUCACAGUAGGACUGCUGGAACCAGUGCCCCCAACACCUCCUGCCCCUCAGACCCAGCUCCACAGAAGUGCAUCCCAGCCAAAGAACACAGCCUCCCCGGGGCCGGCGCCGCCUCCGCUGCCAGGGCAGCUCAGACCAGCUUGUCCGCCAGUGGGUGGCCGUUGAUCCUCCUUGGCCAUUCUUAGGGCCUUGGUCCAUGUCCUGAGCCACUGACCAUGGCCAGUCUCUUUUUUAUACAUGCAGAAAAGUGUUUUUAUGUGAACUUCCUCACAGUUUGUAGGUAUUUUUGUAACCCCAGCGCUGAGGAGAAAGGAGGGACAAUGGCUUCCUCGCGGCUGCCCCAUGAUGGCUGGAUCUGAAAUCCUGGAUGGGUCCAGCUUGAUGUCUCCGCAGUUGCACCUAUGGGAAGAAAUAGUCCUCUCUUCCUUCUCCUCUUCCAGCUUUUUUAAAAACAGGUUCUCAGAGGGUUGGCGUACCCCCAACUCUACCCUUGUCCUCUGCUCAGGCCCAUGAGAGGCCCCUGGGCUUUCAUGAAGGCCGUGGAGCUGAGCCGGCUCCCCUGCCCCACAGGAAGAGGGACGAAGAAGCCAGGCAGACGCUUCCUCAGACACUCCAGGCUCCCGUCUGCCGAGCUCCUGCCUGCCAUUGGAGUAUCCUCAGAGCCUUCCCUCUCGGGAGGCACUUUGUUAAGAGUACAUGUGUUUUCUCAUUUAGUCCUCACAACAAAUCUGUGAGGAGGAUAUUAAUUGUUCCCAUUUUGCAGAUGAAGAAACUGAGUCUCAGGGAAGUGAAGUGACUUACCCAAGGUCACUCAGUGGUGGAGUUGAGAUUCAGCCUGCGUCUCCAUCUCGGAGUGUGUGUUUUGCACUGCACCGCCAUCUCUCUCCCCUGCUUGUUUUCACUGAGGUGAAAAAGGAAGCCUUUCGAACCAAAAUGUCUCCUUCCCUUCCCAUCUCCAGACUGAAUAAGGCAUGGGCCAGCAAGCUCAGCCAAGUUCUUUGUGCCCUUCUGGGAGGUAGUGCUUCCAUGCCCUAGAGGGAGGGAGGGCAGCUGAGCCCAUCUCCGUGCUUCCAGGCGUGGGCGGCAGCCCCCCAGUGUCAGCAGAGACUCAGCCUCCCCACCCCGCAGGCUCUUCCCCUCCUGCUGGUCCUGAAGGGCUGGCUCCACGUGGAGUGACCCUUGUUCCACGGAAGGCACUGAUUUCUUGUUUUCUGCAUCCUCAUCUGAUACUUUUGCCUGUACCCCACUGUGCCUCAAAGGUCAAGGUCGGGGAGGGCACUCAGCUUCCCUCUGUUACCCCUCUGCCACUUCCCUCCCAUGUCCCCAACAUGUCCUGUAAUAAAAUUGGAGAGACAAAGGUG